GUACAAAAUAUUUUAGAAAUCAACUGGUGGGCCAAGGUUAUCGGCCAAACAAAGGCGAGAAAUGAAGAAGGCUAAGAAACAAGGACAGCAGUCACAGUUACCAACACAGACUGAAGGUGAGGAAGAGGAGGAGAAAUCAUGGCUGCCAGAAGAUAACCAGGGACGAGGACGGAACAAGGGGAAAAAAGAAAACAAAGAACAAACUGAAAUACAGCAGCAACCUAAGAGGGGACAAAAGGCCAAGAUGAAGAAAUUGAAGGACAAAUAUAAAAAUCAGGAUGAGUAAGAGAGACAACUCCGUAUGGAAAUUCUUGCUUCUGCUGGCAGUAAAAAAGAAGAUAAAAAGAAGAAAGGAAAGAAGGAUGAAAAAGGACGUCCACAAUCUGCAGUGGAGAA